GCUGUGGAUGGAGAACGCUCUCUGAACGUCUCGUCGCGCGCAGCCAUCCCCCCGCUGUGCGCUGUGCGUGAUGGGUGAGGGCUGCACUGACCCGCGCGCUGCCCACUCCAGCCUCUGGCCGCAUCUCAUCUGUUUUAUUCUGUUUCUCCAGUGCACUGCCUUCAGCCAGAACACAGACUCGCUGUGGAGCUUCCUGAACACCGUGGAGCACUAUGGGCUCACGUCGCCUCAAUGGCUGAGCCCAGCAAGACACAAAAGAUCCCAGAUGAACACAAAGCAUCCUUUAGAAGCAGAAGUCAAGAUCACUGCAGAGGGAGUGGAGCUGGUUCUUCAGCUACAGAGAAAUGAGGAGCUGUUGGCCCCCGAUUAUCAGGAGAUAUGGUACAGUUCAAACGGAGCCCGCCAGUUCUCCAGCCCAUCCAACAGGGAGCACUGUUAUUACCAUGGUGCCGUUAAAGGAGUACCGGAUUCCAGCGUUGUUCUUAGCACCUGUGCUGGAUUCAGGGGCAUGAUAAGCCUGAACCACAGUGUAACCUACAUGAUCGAGCCUCUAGUCAAUCACACGGUCUCGCAGGACCACGCCGUGUUCCGCACUGACAGACUGAAGAUGCACACCGGCACCUGUGGCCAUCUCCACCGGAAUCACACACACAAGUUGGAGGAGCUGAUUGGUGGGAUUGCACAGGCACACCAGGCCAAAAGGAAAAGGAGAGAUGUGAGUACGAAGUACGUGGAGCUGAUGCUGGUGGCUGAUCAUGCUGAGUUUGUGAAACAUGGCCGUGACCUGCAGAAGACCAAGGCCAAACUGCUCGAGGCAGCUAACUAUGUGGACAAGUAUUACAAACCACUGAAUAUCCGGGUGGCACUGAUCUGGCUGGAGGUUUGGAACAAUCAAAAUAUGAUCACUGUGACAGACAACCCCUACCGCACACUAGGAGACUUCCUCACCUGGAGGAGGAAACAGCUACCACAGCUGCCCAAUGACAACGCACAGCUCAUCACGGGUGUGGCAUUCCAGGGCACCACAAUAGGACUGGCUCCACUUAAAGCCAUGUGCUCAGAAUACCAGUCAGGAGGGGUGAACUCGGACCACUCUGAAAUUGCAGUCGGGAUAGCUGCCACCAUGGCCCAUGAGAUAGGGCAUAACUUUGGAAUGAGCCAUGACAGUGAGGGCUGCUGCCAGGCUCUGCCAGAGGAUGGGGGCUGCAUUAUGGCUGCAGCUACGGGACACCCAUUCCCACGUGUGUUUAACCCCUGUAACCAGGCAGAGCUGAAGCGGUAUCUGAGCUCGGGUGGGGGGAAAUGUUUAUUUAAUCCUCCCAACGCCAGGACCUUGUAUGGAGGCCAGCGCUGCGGCAACGGCUACCUGGAGGAGGGAGAGGAAUGUGACUGUGGAGAGGUAGAGGAGUGUUCCAGUCCAUGCUGUAAUGCCAAUAACUGCACUCUGAAAGCAGGUGCUGAAUGUGCCCAUGGAGUAUGCUGUGAGAACUGCAAGCUGAAGAGUCCCGGUGUGCUGUGCCGCCCUCCCUCAGGCUCCUGUGACCUGCCCGAAUACUGUGACGGAAAAUCAGAGUCCUGCCCUGCUAAUUUCUACCUGGUGGACGGCAGCUCCUGUGCACGUGGCAAAGCCUACUGCUACACAGGCAUGUGCCUGACCCUGGAGCAGCAGUGCUUCUCUCUCUGGGGAAAAGACGCUCAAUCUGCUCCAGAUCUGUGCUUCACCAAGGUGAAUGAGGCUGGAGAUUCCUUUGGAAACUGUGGCAAAGACCUGAUGGGAAAAUACAGGGCCUGCACUGAGAGGGAUGCUAAAUGUGGCAAAAUUCAGUGUCUGAGCUCUUCCUCCAAACCCAUUGGUACCAAUGCUGUCCCUAUCGACACCACCAUCCCUGACGGCCAUCGGAAAAUCCUGUGCCGAGGUACGCAUGUCUACCGUCCUGACAAAGAAGAGGAGAACCAGGGGGAUACACUAGACCCAGGGCUAGUCAUGACAGGAACCAAGUGUGGGGAUAAUGCAAUUUGUUUUGGUGGAGAGUGCCGCAAUGCAUCCUUCCUGCAAGCGGAUGAGUGCAGCUCCAAGUGUCAUGGCCAUGGGCUGUGCAACAACAAUCAUAACUGCCACUGUGAUGCAGGCUGGGCGCCACCAUAUUGUGAGAAAGCAGGAACUGGUGGCAGUGUGGACAGUGGCCCUGUAAUCGCACAUAGUAACUUACUUCCUCUACUGGUGAUCCUGACUUUACUUCUCUUUCUGGGAUUGGCUGUUCUGUUCCUCCGGUGGUACUCCAAGCAUAAGUGUCAUUCUCUUAAAGACAUUGCCCACAGUCCUCCCCGGAUAUGCAUUAAUGUCUCAGAUUCGCCAGACUCCAAAGCUCCUGCUAAUGGCCACGCAAACCCAACAUUCCAGCUAAAGAAACCUGACACAGAUAAUCCGGCUAGUCAAAGGGCUAGUCCUGCUGGUCCAUCAAGAUCGAGACACUCCAUUAUUCGGCCUACAGUGAAGCCUCCACCCCUCCCAGCAUACGCAUUACAACAGCAGGGUUCACACCCCAAGAUCCCCUCCAGUCCACACCCAUCUCCAUCAGUCACACCCAAACCCAGACCAAGCCCCCCCAGCAGACCUCCACCACCAUGCCCUGUUACCAAACCCUCUCAGAUCAAAGAGGAGGUGUCACAAAGAAAAGGCCUUCAAGUGUCAUCAGGGCUGUUACAGAAUGGGAAGUCCAGUCUGAUGUCCCCUGCUGGACAUGUUAGGUAUCAAACUGAACUCUGUGGAAAGAGAUGAGACUUUGUGAAGCUCAUGAAGGCAAUGGGCAUUACUCCUCUGUGCAGAGUAUUGUGAAAAUGAAAGACUGGAACAACCCCCAACAUCCAGGCAUUACACUUCUUCAGGAACGACCAUGGAGACUGCUAACACCACAUCCAACACCAUGUCUGCCUGAUAUACUUGAAACCGGAAGUGUUAUGUAUUUAACCAAAUUUGUGAAAGUAUUUAACUUUCUUUUGGUACUGUUCCAACAUUCGUGUGCCAUAUUUUUGAUUACUUCACAUCUUAUUUAUUGCUAAGGCUUAAGAGGAUACUAGGGAUGAACGCUAUGAGCAUGAAUGGCUUACAUUAAGAACAUGUCAUUUUAGGAGUGGAUUGCAUGCAGUAUUGAAAAAUAUGCCAACUUGUGUGAAGGACAUUUUUAAGCUUUAACUGGAAAAACAAAGAAAAUGGAUUUUCUGCUUGGUAUAUUAAGACAAUAUAAACUCAUGUAUAGCAAUAACUACCGAUUCAGAUUCAUUGUACAGUGAGUAACUUUCCUGUGUACAUUUUUAGUUGUCUUUUGUUGCUUGGUUUUAGACUAAAUCAACUAGAUCAGGAGUAUAUUUGCAAAGAUGCUGGACAUUGUAUAUAAAAAUAAUGUAUCAAAUCACUUGCGGCCAUCCUGUAAAGCUCCAGUGAGAUGAGCCUGGCUUUGUUCACUCUUCACUCACAAGCCACUCGGGAACACUUGACGAAAUGCACCUUAUAUUAUGUAAAAUAAGGGCAUCAAACCAGGGAAUGUUUAUUAAUGAUAUACUGUAUACACGUUUUGAGAUUUUUAGCUUGAAAGUGGUUGUUUUGCUAUGAUCAGUCUUUAAACAAAGUCCCCUGAAAGCUCUUUCUAUUUAUAAUCCAUGCAGCUCUUUACUGUAGCUAAAUUGAAAUCUACAGUACAUGUUUGAAGUCACCUACAGUGGGCAACAGAGCUAGAUUUUGAAAGAGUUGUGUGGAUCAUACGUCUGAUACAGACCCACAGAAAUUACUGGAGGACUUUGUUUAAUCUGUAUUUACAGUUUAUCAUAGUAAUAUAAACAUUUCUAAAUGCUCAAAAUCUUGCUUAUUGUAUAUCUAGCUCUAAGUAGCCUUAAAUGGUCCUGUGAAAAGCAGCUGAAUGUGUUCUUGGUGAGCUUAAAUAGGAUUUUCCUAUUUAUGCAUUGAAUUGAAAUAUGAAAAAGAACUUGUUUUUUCUUUUGAACAUUGUUGCAGUAUAAGGGUAUGCUGAGAUGGAAUGAUGUUGAUUCUAAUGCGAGUCAACACCCAGGCAUAAUGAUGCCUUAAAAUAGGGACCACAUAAACUGAGGAAACGCACUGUGAAUCUGAUGAGUAUAACUAUUAGAAUUGAACAUCCAGCGUACGCUGGAGCAUUUCUGAAGUAGGCUACUUAAUGUAUAUUGUCCUCAGUUCUUUGUUUACUUGCACCUUAUUGACUUGUGUGAAAUUGUAUUGUCUGUUAUAAAGGCUCACAGGAAAUGUCCUUCAAAUGAUUAUUUUCAGUGAUUACUGGACAGAAUCAGAUGUUCUGAAUCUAUGCCAUGAAUGGAGAAGUGAUGGCUGCAAAAGCAGGUUAAAUAAAAUUUGCUUAUACAAAUGA